CAUGGGUAUCACACAGUUUCAGUUAUUUAAAGUUUGUACCUGCCUAGCAACAGUAUUCUCAUUCCUAAAGAGAUUAAUACGCAGACCUGGCAGAGGACGGAAAUUAAGUGGAGACCAAAGAACUUUGCCAACUACAGUUGAUUAUUCAUCAGUUCCUAAGCAGACAGAUGUUGAAGAGUGGACUUCCUGGGAUGAAGAUGCACCCACAAGUGUAAAGACUGAAAGAGGGAAUGGGAAUGUGGCAACACAGCAAAAUGCUUUAGAACAACUGGAACCUGACUAUUUUAAGGACAUGACACCAACUAUAAGGAAAACCCAGAAAAUCAUUAUUAAGAAGAGAGAACCAUUAAAUUUUGGCAUCCCAGAUGGUAGCACGGGUUUCUCUAGUAGACUAGCAGUUACACAAGAUAUGCCUUUUAUUCAUCAGUGUCCUGAAUUAGGUGACUUGGAUACCUGGCAGGAAAAUACCAAUGCAUGGGAAGAAGAAGAAGAUGCGGCCUGGCAAGCCAAAGAAGUUCUGAGGCAGCAGAAGAGAGAGAAAAGAGAGCAGCAGAACAACAAAGGAAGAAAAUGGAAAAGGAAGCACAGGGGCUAA